AUGUCGGAAGCGUUGCCUAAAGUCGAGUCUUUUACAUGUAGUUUCUUCACUCAGAGGAAGGCACGAGAGCUUGGCUUGACCGGCUGGGUUCGUAACAUCCCCAACAACAAGGUCGAUGGCGAGGCUCAAGGAAGCGAGAACGAUAUCCAGACCCUUCUCAAGCAUCUUAACGAUGGACCGAAGCACGCUCUCGUUGUCAAACUCGACAAAGAAGAGCGCGACGUGGUAGAAAACGAGUCCGCGUUCGAAAUCCGAAGAUGA